AAACCGUCGGAGAGUUGGAGGCGGCGUCCCUAUCCCAUCCGUCGUCCGUCCCCGUACGUCCGCCACCCAGUCGCCUUCCCCCCUCCCUCCGUCUCCACCGCUUCUCCCGCCGCCUCUUCUCCUCCAACCACCAGACGGCGACCACCGCGGCACACACACAGAGACCCCCAGAUGCUUCCGCCGACUCCGAUCAGCAGCCGCUCGCCACCAGCCCACCACCAGUGAGUGACGCGACGCGACCGGCGGCGGCGGCGAUGGGCAGCGUGGACUUCGGCCUCGUCGAGAUCCACCCCGGGGAGAUCCGGUUCGAAUUUGAGGUGAAGAAGAAAAGUUCAUGUUAUGUCUGUCUAGUGAACAAAUCAGAGGAAUAUGUUGCAUUCAAGGUCAAAACAACUUCUCCAAAAAGGUAUUGUGUUCGACCAAAUGUAGGAGUCAUUCUUCCAAGGGCAACAUGUGUUUUUACAGUUAUUAUGCAAGCACAAAUGAUUGCUCCACCAGAUCUGCAAAUAAGAGACAAGUUUCUUGUGCAGACCACAGUUGUUCCUUUUGGUACAGCUGACGAAGACAUUGCUCCUGCUUUUUUUUCCAAAGAAGUGGGAAGAUAUAUCGAGGAGAAUAAGCUGAGAGUUGUUCUUGUCAGUGCGACUCAACUUGAAGAACAGCAACUCAUUGCAGGAGUUCCCAGUGCUAAGACUGGUGUUGAGGUUCGUGUGGCAAAAGAGACACUGAAUAUUGAGAGUGAAGCAUCUAAUGUCAUGAACGAAGUUCAUCAUUCCUUGAAAACAAACUUCCCCCCUCUGAGAGAAAAUCCAGCUACUUUGAACGAAAUGCCCUUCCCUGUAAAACAAACAACUAUUCUGGCCCCAUCAAAAGAAGUUCCAGCUAUUUCAGCAGAAAGUGCUCACCAUUGGAAAGAAACCCCUGCUGAAAGCUUGUUUUCAAGUAAUGCAGUUCAUCAUUCGCUGAAAACAAGUUUCCCCCCUCUCAGAGAAAAUCCAGCUACUUUGAAUGAAAUGCCCUUCCCUGUAAAACAAACAACUAUUCUGCCCCCAUCAGAAGAAGUUCCAGCUAUUUCAGCAGAAAGUGGUCACCAUUGGAAAGAAACCCCUGCUGAAAGCUUGUUUGCAACGAAUGCACUUCCUCAUUCCCUGAAAACAAGCUGUCUUCUCAGAGAAAAUCCAGCUAUUUUGAAUGAAAUUCCCUUCCCUGUAAGACAAACAACUAUUUUGCCCCCAUUAAAAGAAGUUCCAGUUAUUUCAGCAGAAAGUGCUCACCAUUGGAAAGAAACCCUUAAUGUUUCUCUAGAAUCUCAUUUUUCAUCAACAGAAACAAAUGUUGUCUCGAGUGAGUGCCCUGAAACAUUGGAAAAUACUUCUCCUUCAAAAGAAUUUGCCAUCUUAAGAGAUACACUUGUCAAUGCAGAGAAUCUUCACUAUGUAACUGAUGAUGUUCAGAAUCUAAUGACAAAACUCAGUAACCUAGAAGCAAAACUAGAAGAGGCUGAAAGUGUGAUAGUUAAACUGAGGGAGGACACCAGAACUACCAUUAGGGAGCGGGAUAAGCUAAAGCACGAAAUGGUCGUCUUGACAAGGAAGGGCGCUUCACGGAGCCAGGCUGGUUUCCCUUUGCUGUUUGUGGUCUACAUGGCGAUCCUUGGCGCGUCACUCGGUUACCUGUUGCACCUAUGAUUCUGAUUGAUUGGUGCAGCUGGAGACGAAGUAACAGUAUCACAGGGAGUACGUGCUGAGCUUUCUCACAGCAGCUGGAGUAGGAAAAGAAAAGAAAUCAGAGGCAGGUAGCCUCCUCUUGGUACUGAAUCAGGGAUGAACUCUUGUCACGUGACGAUCGUCACAACAAUUAGUUCAGGCGUCCACUUACUAGGUGAUUAACCAAUUAAACGGAGUACAUAAAACAGCAUGAUUUUUUAUUUACGCUGUACAUAACCUCUUUAUAUAAGUUUCCUGCCCGUGGACCGUGGUCGCUAGAGAUAAUCCAGGAUGUUGUUCAGAGUUAAAACCUUUGUCACUACUACUAGUUGCCACGGAAACUAGUUUGAUGCUGUUGACUUUUU